UGAGCGCUAGUGAGCACUACUAAGCUACGCUCUCGCUACUACUACUUCCGUUGUGUUUCGAACUUUAUCACAAAGCCAUACUAAGUGCGUGCGCACCAAGAUAUAUGCCAUAAUUUGAAAGAUGUGGUUUGCGCCCUUCUACAUGCUGUUCUAUCCACAUGGCUGCCUCGUACAUCGCCGGGCGGAGGCACAAAACUAUACGACUUAUGUGCUGUUUGACAGCCUUUUGGAUUUGCAACAACAACUGCAUAAUGUCAUCCUCAAACCUCACCACCGUUCAGAAAGAUGUCUUAAACAUGGUCAUGCCUCUUGUGGCGGCCACUGUCACAUCAUUCCGCUUGUAUUGUCGUGCGCGGCAAGGACGUUUAUGGAUCGAUGAUUUAUGGGCGACCUUCGCCAUGCUAUCCAUUCUUACCCUAUUAAUUGUCAAUUGGAUAUAUAUGGAAGCCUACGAAAAAUAUCCCCAGGACACGAGGGUAGCAAUGUUUUACAUGCUCGUCGUAUUAUUUCCCACAGUUGUUUGGUGCUCCAGGAUAUCAAUUCUGUUAACAGUUGUACGACUCACAGCUCCCGGAACCCUCAGGAAGAUCCUCAUGCGUACUACAAUGGUCUUUGUCAUUUUAUGGGCUGUACUCUCUGUACAGGUGUUGUGGACUUGUGAAGAUGAACCCGGCUGGAAAACAGAAUCACGCCCGCAGUGCAAUCUCGGCAAAAGUGUUGCAAUAGCGCAGAUCAUCACUGACGUUUUUGGAGACACUGUUCUUAUCUUGGCCCCAUUUCGCCUCAUUUAUAAAGUCAGAUUGACGAAGGCACAGAAAAUACGAAUACUUGCCAUCUUUUCGACAUCAACAAUCACCACCGUUGUUAGUCUUGUCCAUGCAUAUUACAUCUUGUCGGAUGAAGGUCUGAAGGAGGCGAUGGCUGCUAUGGUCGAGACUUCCGUGUCCUUGAUCGUCGCGAGCUUAAGUGUGGUCGUGGCAUUUUUCUUAAGAAUGAGCGCAAAAGAUGAUACACCCUCGUCAUGGCAAUCUUCACCCGUUAUAACCAUCGGAUCACUGCCUAUCAGGCGUCACCGCUUUAACGACCCUCUCGCCACGACUGCAAUAGGCAUUGAUACCACCACGAUCAGGUUGACAAAUCUCCCUGAAACUUGUCCCAGUGCGCUGAAAAGUGACAACACGGACGAAAUCUCUUUGAACAACAUAGAGGGAAAGCAGGGCAGCGGUGAAUUGUGGGGAGCAUAAAAGUGUGGUCUCCGUUUUACACUACUGGACUUUGGAUGGACCGUUAUCCGAACAAAACAUACCUUACACGGCCUCGUCAGUCUGGGGAGACACGGCGUUCCUGGCUGGAACAUUAGACGAUGGCUGAUCACAGUCCAAACAAACUUCGCUGCUGUCCAUGAUGCAUCAAUGAGUUCGAGCAAGACUUGGGCAGAGCUUGUUUGGUUCAAGUCAUGCCACACGUCAGGUCAUCAAUCGCAUCGUUCAUAGCGGUUGCGCGAAACGGCUCGUGUACCUAACUUCAUCGUUGACUACAAGAAUACUGUAAGCAUGGCUUACGCAUACAUCACUGACACGUCACCAAAGAUGUCAUCAAAGUGUCCUCGGACACGGAGUACUGUUCAUUUAUAUUUGCCUUAACACAUAUUUAUACACGCAUACUCAUGAUGUAUCAGUAUCACUUCUCUUUCCGUUCAAUCAUAUACGCUUUGACACGUA